AUGCGUGUCGGUUUCUUUGCCAUCCUUCUUGCCUCCACUGCUCUCUUGGGGUCCGCCGCUCCGCUCCCCAAGCCUUAUGACCCUCACUCGGUCCACCGAGAAGGGCGUGUAACUCACCAAGCACUAGCAGAUCACCAUCGAGACGCAGCAGUAUCCCAUCGAGCUCAGGCAACUAAUCAUCGUAUCCAGGCCACAAUGAAUGCUCAUAACCAAAACGUUGCUGAUCGUCAUCGCGCCGAAGCCAACAGGCAUACCAAUGAAGCGGAUCAUCAUAGUGGACUAGCCGCUCAACACCAACUCACAGCGAACUUUCAUGCUUCGCAAAUUCCCAGGGGCCAGCGUCGGAGCAUAGACGAGUUGGAAUAG